UAAUAAAUUUAUAAAUAAAUGAUAGCAGGGAAAAAUCUCACUAGAAAAUUUUGCACAACUAUUGGUAAACCAGCAGGUAAGAAGUCUCUAAGGACUCAAUAGGUGGUAAACAAGUAGUGCUCAGCGGAAUUCAACCUACAGGAGUUAUGCAUCUUGGGAAUUACCUUGGUGCUGUUAAAAAUUGGGUCAACAUGCAAGAGUACCCAGAUACAGAAAGAUAUUAUUGUGUUGUGGAUUUACACUCCCUAACCACAAAUUAUGUCUCAGAUAAGGAUAGCAAAGACCAAAUUGAAAGCCAAGAGCAAACCUUAAAAACAGCAGCAAACUUAAUCGCUUGAGGAGUUGAUCCAAAAAAAUCAAAUUUAUUUAUCCAAAGCCAUGUCCCUGCUCAUUCUGAGUUAUCUUGGAUCUUAAUGUGCAUGACACCGAUGUCAUGGCUGAACUCUAUGAUCCAAUACAAAGAGAAAAGGAAAAAGGAGGAUUCUACCUCUGUAGCGUUGCUUAACUAUCCAUGCCUCAUGGCAGCCGAUAUCAUUCUAUAUCAGCCAUCUAUGGUACCUGUGGGGGAUGACCAGAGGCAGCACCUUGAGUUGACUAAGUUGUUGAUCCAGAGAAUAAACGCUUUAUCUGGGCUCGAGCUGCGAGUCCCUGAUGUAAUCAAAUCUGAGCACCAAAGAGUAAUGUCUCUGAAAAAUGCUUCUAACAAAAUGUCUAAAUCUGACAGAUCAAUCAGAUCGAGAAUCAGCUUGAUUGAUGACCCAGAGAUGAUCAAGGAGAAGAUCAGGAGAGCCAAGACUGACUCUCUGGGUUCUAUCACUUAUGAUCCGAACCGUAAAGAGUUGUAUAACCUUCUUAACAUCUACGCAAGCGUGAAAGACAUACCAGCCUCUAACCUUGAGGAUUACCUUGCUGAUGAUAAUAUGUUUUCGUUCAAGAUGAAGUUAGCAGACGGACUAAUUGACAAAAUCUGCCCUAUUGGGGAAAGAUACCAAGCUCUACUGCAAGAAGAAGACAGACUCCUUGAAAUUCUAGAACAAGGUGCUAAAGGAGCAAAUUUGAAAGCAGAUAAGACCUUGGCUACGAUCAGGAAGGGUCUCAAAAUGUUGCCAAGAGAUAUGUAAAACCUCCUUCAAUCUUUCUGAA